CAACCCGGUGACCAUUUGGAGCCCCGCCCUUGAACUGCGGUCCUCACGUGACCAAACGGUCGGUUGUGGAAGGGCACCGACGUGAGGACGAGCUGUAGGUUAACGUGAACCGACCGGGGCUGUCUGUACUGUAACCGUCGCUCAUUGUUCUCCUCCAAACAGCCGUUUUACUGUCAGUUAAUUAAAAUGGCGGCUGUAACAACGUCAACGGUAACAGCGGCGGCGGGAAGUUUGACCUGGAGGAGGUUCGGUUCGGCUCUGCGGUCUCACCGGUUACCGGCGGUCCACAGUCGGCGGUGCAGCUCCACACGGGAAACACAGCGGGACAACAAGCCACAGAGAUCUGCCGUCAGACCGGCUCCCAGCUCCACGCACGACUGGAUCGGUCCACCAAACCCUCUCUCCAACCUGCGGCCGAUCGUUUACCACGUCCCCGAGAACGAGACAGAGCUGGAGAAACGUCUGCGGCACCUGAGGCAGGAGACCGAGGACUGGAACCACGACUUCUGGACCAAUCAGAACAUCACCUUCAGCAAGCAAAAGGAGGCUUUCAUCAUUUCACAACUGAACGCUAAAGGCCUGACUGUGCGUGACGAGCAAGGACGGCGGCGGACCCUGAACAGCGAAGAAAUGGCCGUGUUUUACAAAAGCUUCUUGGACAAAAACAGAGUACGACAUGCAAAUUACAACAACGAAUGGUACCGACGAAACUUCACCAUCACUCUGCUCAUGGGCCGAGUCGCCCUGAACAACAUGUGGAAGACGGUUACUGAUCGACGCAGCGGCAGGAAAAACAAGCUCCAACCUCCUGAUGAGAAAUAAAACAUUCACCCACACUCCGCUCUUUGAUUUAAACUGCUGUUUUAUCUGAUCUGAUGGGCGAUUUGUCUCUUUUCUGCUUCUGUUUCUGGUGCGUGGUUGACUCGAUCAGAUCCCCCCUCAGCUCCUGGAAUAUGUUUACGCCGCUCGCUUGGAGACAAAGAAGAAGAUGAGCUGUUCUUAUAAUCGCAUUACAUUGAAAAACUGUCAGAAACCUUAAGGAGCUUCACAUCAGCAGGGCUGUUCGCUACAAACAUCAAUUAAAUAAAUGGAGCUAGGCUAUUAAGACCGGCCUGAAAUUCA